CUUCCCCGCGAACCUUCUGUCAGUGCCACGCGGAACUCGGGCAGGGAAGGAGGUGUGUUGUGCGUGCUCUCUCUGUCUCGCGACUCGACACAGCGGCCGUCCUUCGCGACUUGUACUGGCCUUCCUCUUCCGACCGCUCGCCUCGAGUGUGCAGUGCAACUACCCUCCGCCGUGGAAAACUGUGCGUGUCAUGUGUGUGGCCGCUGCACGACGACAUCAGAAGAGGGCGGCGUAGUGCCGUCGCGACGCUGCCGCCGCCGCCGCACCUGGAGCGCCCGCGGAAGACGCCGGCGUCCGAUCGAACGGCGGGUGCGAGUCUGCGCGCCGCGGCGAGGAUUCCAGACGCCCGGGGAGGAUGCACUCGGCGGGGCGCAGGUGACGAUGCGGGGGCGGUGAUGGCGGCGCGGCCGCGCGCCCGUGCUACGGCCACGACCACGACCACGACCACUGCCGCGCCCCUGCUAGGACCGCUGCUGCUGCUGCUCGCCAUGCUGGCCGCGGGCAGCGAGGCGUGCACGGUGGACGAGUGCUCCCAGAAGUACGGCGAGGCGCUGUCGGCGGCGCCCGGCGGCGGCUCUGCGCAGGCGCGGCUGUGCGCCGUGCUGCAGCGGUACCGGGAGUGCGUGCACGGGCGCGCGCCCGCCUGCCACGGCAACCUGGGCUACCACAGCGCGCUCACCAUCGUGCGCCGGCGCAUGCUCGUGCACGGCUGCGCCGCCGCCACGCACCACGCCGCCACGCGCCGCCCGCCGCCGCCCACGCCGCCCCCGCCCGGCCUGCUCGACGACGACGACGACGACGACAGCCCCGACGAAGAACCCGGUCUGGUGGAGCCCCCGGAGGUGUCGGCGCCGCCGCCGCCGGUGGACGCGGAGUGCGACUACCGGGGCCCGGCCGAGCACGUGCACUGCGGCCUGUUCGGCGACCCGCACCUCAAGACGUUCUCCGGGCAGUACCAGACGUGCCGCGUUGAGGGCGCCUGGCCGCUCAUCGACAACGCCCACCUCGCCGUCCAAGUCACCAACAAGCCCGUCCUCAACGGAUCCCGCGCCACCGCCACCACCAAGGUGACUGUGAUCGUGCGCGGCGCCCCCGCCGGGUCGGCCGCGUGCUCGCGCCACCGCAAGACGUACGAGGCGACGGCGGACGCGCCGCUGCCCGCCACCUUCGUGGACGGCACGCAGCGCUCUGCCGGCGGCAACGUGCAGCUGUCGGUGCACGAGGAUGGCCGGCGCGUCGAGCUGUGGGUGCGCCACGUGGACGCGCUGGUGGUGGUGCGGCGCGCCGGCCGCUACCUCGCCUUCUCGGCGCGCCUCCCCCGACACGUGGCGUUCGGCGGCGGCGGCGGCGGCCGGCCAAGCAGCGGCCUCCAGCUGUGCGCCAGGGGCUGCCCCAGCAGCGAGCUGCUGCACCCUCUCGAGGACCGCGGCAGCGCCAUGAAGCAGGCCGACGCGGAGGCGGUGUGCGGCGCCAGCAACCUGACCGGCUCCUACCACGACUGGUGCGUCUUCGACGUGAUGACGACCGGCGCCGACGACUUCGCGGCCGCCGCCCACGCCGCCCUCACCGACGUGCGGCGCCUCGACCCGCUGUCCGCGCCGUCCACGUCGGCGUCUUCGUCGUCGGCGUCGGGCGGCGCGCCGAGGGGCGGCCGCGAGCAGCGCUCGGGGGCGGCGUCGCUGGCGGCGUGGGUGCGUGCCGCCCUCGCCGCCUCCGUGUUGUUCGCCCUCGCGGUCUGAGGCCGCCCUCCCCACCCACAGAACCUAUCACAUCACCCGCGAUACUGCGUGACAAUGGUCAUUAAACCCUGUAGCCGUAGUGGAUGUUGUAGUCCCGUAGUUAGCAGUAGUAAAUUAAUCUCUGUAUUCAUUCGUCAGUGUUAGCUGUCGCCCUCUUCAGCCGUGACUUGUGUAAUUGUAGCAGUUUUUCGCGUUAAGGUACCAGCCCUCACGAUUCGUGUCGACUGCUGUUCUUGUGUAGACAUGUACACUAUACCUUGUGGAAUUGCAAAUGGGGAGCGCAAAUUGUUGGACUUUGGGUUCGGUUCGACUGCGCACGAGAGUUGUAGCAGUCCGGUGUCUCCCAGUGUGGGUGUACAGUGCGACGCCGCCGCUAGGCACUCUCGUUUGUGGGGUCACAGUAGCCGGCGCCUGUCUCUGGCGCAGAAAACGGGCUUAGCUGACACACACCGAGGGGACCCUUCACGUGCCACGCCGAAUGCCUUCGCAAAUGACUUCCAGUAUCCGGUGCGCACGGAGUGCCCUUACAGCCGCAAAUGGUGUGCACUGCCGUGCCGCAUCGUGCACUGGCAAAAGCAUUUCGGGACUACAGACGCAGGAGUGCAGCUUUAAAUUGUCCCGAUUAAUGAACUCGGCUCCACUCUGUAACUCUUCAGCUAAAUUUCUUACCCUUCCACCUAGAUAUAGGCAGCAGUAUGGAUGCAGUUUACUGUUAUCCCUCAUUUCAAACAGAAACGUAAAGUUUCGUGCGCGUUUGACACAGCUCACGACAAGAUCUCAAGCAAUGUUUGUGCAGCUCAGCCAAAUGCGACUCCCUACAUAUAUGCGUGUGUACCAGUAUUCACCACUACAUAAGAAAGUUUUUCGGUAUUAAUCAUCUUAACGAACAGUAUUUUUCUACAAAGUGUCACAGUCGUUUUUAAUCGGGAUGUACGUUACGAGUGAGAAAAUAAGUGCUACGCCACUUUUUAGGCAACAGUACGUUUGUAUUUUACAAGUAUGUAAAUAACAGUGUAAAUAUGUAAUAUUGCGUCAGUAGUGUACUACUCGGAGGCAGAGUGCGUGUGUGGGAGGCGGGAUUAAGCAGCAGACACCAGGUGUUCGGUGUGGAACUCCCCGCCCCCCGCCACACGGGGAAACCCCGUGCAGUGCUGCCACAGCCUCCACCGACAUCUACACCACUCACAGCCUCGUUGUUGUCAUUUUGUUUGUUUUCGUUUUUUGUGUAUGUGCUGUGUAUUGACAGGCAACUGAACAAAGUAUUUUGUUUUCGUUUUAUCUAUGUAAAUAGAGAUGUACAUUUUAAUUUAUAAGAAAAAACACUUGUGAUUUGUAGUAUAUUUACGGUUAAAAGAGAUAGUAUAUACAGAUAAAUAAAAUCCGAAUAUAUAUCUAUAUACAUAAUUUAAA